AUGGCCACUAGUACCACCACCACCGCAGCGAACCAUGCUGCGAAUAAUGGCGCGCCAGCAGCGGGCCGUGACCACGUUGUCAUCUUCCCCUUCAUGGCGAAAGGCCACACGCUCCCGCUGCUGCACUUCGCCACGGCCCUCUCGGCGCACCACAAGAGCCUGAGCGUCACCCUAGUCACCACCCCGGCGAACCGCGCGUUCGCCGCCAGCCGCCUGCCCUCGUCGGUGCGCCUCGUCGAGCUCCCGUUCCCGUCGCUGCCGCCGCUGCCAGCCGGCGUCGAGUCCACCGACGCCCUCCCGUCCAUGUCCCUGUUCCCGUCGUUCCUGCGUGCCACGGCGCGCCUACGGGAGCCCUUCUCCAAGUUCCUCACGUCGCUCCCGUCCCCGCCGCUGGCGCUCGUCUCCGACUUCUUCCUCGGAUUCACGCACCACGUCGCGGCGGACGCCGGCGUCCGCCGCGUCGUGUUCCACGGUAUGUCCUGCUUCUCCAUGGCCAUCUGCAAGGCACUCAUCACCCGCCCACCGGCGGCGGCCAGUAGAGGCGUCGACCUCAGCGCUCCGUUCCACGUGCACGGCAUGCCGGAGCACGUGGCGAUCACGGCGGAUGAGAUCCCCGACGCUGUGGUGAAGUUUGCGGACUUGGAGGACCCCGUGACCCGCUUCUUCAUCGACGAAAUCGGCUACUCGGACGUGCUCAGCUGGGGCGUCCUGGUCAACAGCGUCGCCGCGCUGGACGAGGACUAUGUUGCGCCACUCGAGUCAUUCUACCUGCAGCCUGGCGCCCGCGCGUGGCUCGCGGGCCCGCUGUUCCUCGCGGCCGGCGACAUGUCGGAGUCGGAGCUCGAGGAAGAGGAAGAAGACCCCGAGGGCUGCCUUGCCUGGCUCGACGAGAGGGCGGGACGACAGGCGGGAUCGGUGGUCUACGUUUCGUUCGGCACGCAGACCCACAUCUCCGACGGGCAGCUCGACGAGAUAGCCGCCGGGCUGGUGCAGUCCGGCCACCCUUUCCUCUGGGUGGUGAGGUCCGACACGUGGUCACCGCCGGUGGACAUGGGGCCCCACGGCAUGAUCGUCCGUGGAUGGGUACCGCAGACAAGCAUCCUGGGCCACAAGGCAGUGGGCGGCUUCGUGAGCCACUGCGGGUGGAACUCGGUCAUGGAGAGCCUCGCGGCCGGGAAGCCCAUCCUGGCGUGGCCGAUGAUAGCCGAGCAGCACCUGAACGCGAGGCAUGUGGCGGACAUCGUCGGCGCCGGCAUUAAGAUUCGAACAAAGCCCCGCGGCACGGCGGCAGUCGACGUCGUCAUCGGGAGGGCGGAGGUUGAGGAGAAGGUCCGGAGGCUGAUGGACGUGGACAGCGAGGCCGGUAAGAAGAUUAGGGCGAGGGCUACAUGGGCGCAGCAAGCGGCGAAGUCGGCAGUGAGCGAAGGAGGUGCUUCACGCGUCGCGUUGCAGGAGCUAGUGGACGAGCUUCAACGGACCUACCGUGGCAUCGUUGAGUAA